AUGACCGCCGCCUCCCAUCCUAACAAGCCGACUCCGACAAGACCCUCUGACCAGUCCAUCAUGGGAGGCUUGACCUCCGCUGCCGGCCUCGUCGGCUUCUUGUCUGAGCCAGACAACGACCUCAGGUCGUUCGCCCUCCACCGGUUAAACGACGAGAUCGAUCUGCUGUGGCCCGAGGUUGCAGGUUCCGUCGGUCAGAUAGAAGCUCUGUACGAAGAUGAGUCGUUCCCGGAGAGAGAACUCGCUGCUCUGGUGGCGGCCAAGGUCUACUACCAGCUACAAGAGUACAACGAGAGCAUGGUGUUCGCGCUGGGGGCAGGAAAGCUGUUCAGCAUAGAUCACCCCGGGGAGUUUGAGGACACGAUAGUUACCAAGUGUAUCGACACCUACAUUGCUCUGUCCGCCCUGCACAACCCUCCGGCGCCCGCAAGCACCGCAAACCAGCCUCCGCCCCAGCUUACGACUGCCUUCCCCGCGAACGCAAACGGCAGCGCAAACACCGCCGCAAGCCUGACCUCUCCGACGACGCCUUUCUCACAAACCACGCUUCCCUCGAAGUCUCUGCUCUCCCGCGACGAUUCCACGAGCUUCGAUCCGUCGGUCCCCGGCGGUGGCAAUGCCGGCACUCCUGGCUCACACCCGUCUCCCUUGGCUCUGCCGAGGCCGGUGCAGAAGAACCUGCAGACGGUGAUCCGGAGGUUGUUCGAGAGCUGCUACCAGGCUGGCGCAUACCAGCAGGUCGUCGGUAUCGCCGUGGAGGCCCGGAACCUCGAUGUUCUGCGCGAGACCAUCCUGAGGGCGAGCCAGGACGAGAAGAAGCAGGGCAAGAAGGCUGCCAGUGGCGCCGCAGGCAAGAGCGAGGAGCUCAUGGAGUACAUUCUGGACAUCUGCAUGAACGUUGUCCAGGAGCGCGGUCUUAGGAACGAGAUCCUGAGAUUGAUCCUCGACCUCCUCAACGAGCUCCCGAACCCUGACUACUUCUCUAUCGCAAAGUGCGUGGUGUACCUCAACCAGCACUCGAUGGCCUCCAACAUGCUCCGCCAUCUCGUCGAGCGUGGAGAUGCUCACUCCUUGGCUGUCGCGUACCAAAUCUCUUUCGACCUCUACGACAACAGCACACAAGAGUUCCUCUCUAAGGUGAUCGAGGAGCUUCCCGAGACGGAGGAGAAGAAGGAUGAGGCUGGUGGACAAUCGUCGGCCAACGGGGAUGCUAUGCAGACCGAGUCUGGCGAGGGAACUAGGGAAACGGACGGACUGCUGGCAAACGCGGAGAGCACUCACACCGCAACCAUUCCCUCAAGGACAAAGUCGAACCCUGCCACCGAGGAGCAGAAGAAGGCUUUCUCGUCCAUCCGACACAUUCUGAAGGGCACCAAGACAAUCGACCUCAACCUCGAGUUCCUCUACAGGAACAACCAUGCCGAUCGCAACGUCUUGAACAAGAUUCGUGACAGCCUGGAGGCUCGCAAUUCCAUCUUCCACACCGCCGUCACUUUCGCCAACGCCUUCAUGAACUCGGGCACUACCAACGAUGGCUUCUUCCGCGACAACCUUGACUGGCUCCAGAAGGCCGUCAACUGGUCCAAGUUCACAGCCACUGCGGCGCUGGGUGUCAUCCACCGUGGAAACAUCACUCAAGGCCAGAGGCUGCUGGACCCCUACCUUCCCAAGGACAACAACGUCUCGGGCUCGUCGUACAGCCAGGGUGGUUCCCUGUUCGCCCUUGGUCUGAUCUACAGCAACCACGGCACUGAUGUGCUCGAGUACCUCUCGACCCAGUUCAGGAAGGCCUCGGAGGAAGUCGUGCAGCACGGUGGUGCUCUCGGUCUGGGAGUUGCGGGCAUGGCUACCGGUAACGACGACAUCUACGAGUCCCUCAAGACCGUACUGUACACCGACUCUGCCAUCAACGGUGAGGCCGUCGGUCUUGCCAUGGGUCUUGUCAUGCUCGGCACCGGUAACAUCAAGGCUCUGGAGGACAUGAUCCAAUACGCCCAUGACACGCAGCACGAGAAGAUCGUGCGCGGUCUGGCCAUGGGUAUGGCUCUUAUCAUGUACGGCCGCCAGGAAGCUGCCGAUGAGCUCAUCAACGGUCUCCUCGAGGAUCCCGACCCGACCCUCAGGUACGGUGGUAUCAUGACCAUUGCCCUCGCCUACUGCGGUACCAGCAGCAACAAGGCUGUCCGCAAAUUGCUCCACGUUGCUGUCAGCGACGUUAGCGAUGAUGUUCGCAGGGUCGCCGUCAUGAGUCUUGGAUUCGUCCUUUUCAGGAAGCCGGGUGCUGUUCCUCGCAUGGUCGAGCUCCUUGCUGAGUCCUACAACCCUCACGUGCGGUACGGCGCAACCAUGGCCCUUGGUAUUGCCUGCGCUGGUACUGGCCUGCACGAGGCCAUUGACCUCCUCGAGCCUAUGAUGAAGGAUUCCACCGACUUCGUCCGCCAGGGUGCUCUCAUCUCCCUCGCCAUGAUCAUGGUCCAGCAGAACGAGUCGAUGAACCCCAAGGUUGGAACGAUCCGCAAGACGCUCCAGAAGGUUGUGGGUGAUCGCCACGAGGACGCUAUGGCCAAGUUCGGUGCUGCUCUCGCUCUUGGUAUCAUCGAUGCCGGUGGUCGCAACUGCACUAUCGGUCUGCAGACCCAGACCGGCAACCUGAACAUGACUGCUAUCGUCGGCAUGGCUGUCUUCACCCAGUACUGGUACUGGUUCCCUCUGACCCACUUCCUCUCCCUCAGCUUCACCCCCACCGCCAUCAUUGGCGUCGACCAGGACCUUGAAAUCCCAAGCUUCAAGUUCUACAGCGCAACCAGGCCAAGCAUGUUUGAUUACCCGCCGGAGGUGGAAGUCAAGACUGAGGAAGCUCCGGAGAAGAUCAAGACUGCAGUCCUGUCUACUACUGCUCAGGCCAAGCGUCGCAAGAUGGUCAAGGAGAGGCAGCAGCGCCGCGAGAGCAUGGAUGUGGACCCUACCCCUGCCACACCUAAGGCUUCGAACGAGGAGGACAAGAUGGACACGGAUGAGGAUGGAAAGAAGGACGAGAAGAAGGAGGGCGAGAAGGAGGCCACUCCGUCUGCAGAGGGCUCGAAGAAGAAGGUUGAGAAGGAGAAGGUUGGCUACGAGCUCGAGAACAUGUCGAGGGUUCUGCCGGCGCAGCUGAAGUACAUCAGCUUCCCCGGCGACCGCUACGUGCCUGUCAAGAAGGCUACCGGAGGUGUUAUCCUCGUGACAGACACGAAGCCCUCGGAGGCAAAGGAACUUCUCGAGCUGAAGGUCAAGAAGGCUUCGGCCGCUCCUGCUCCUGGUGCCCCCGGCCACUCUCUUCAGGACCGCGUGGAGGACGCCUACAGCUCGCGCGACACCGGCGCCGGUGUGACCGGCGCUGCCGAGGCAGCGGGUGUUCUCACCGCCGUCGAUGAAGAUGACGACGACGAGGAGGCAUCGGCACCUCGCGACUUCGAGUACUACUCUGACGGUGGCGAAGAGUAG